UGUACAGGCUUGUGCUUACGAAGCAACUUGCAAGGGAAAAAAAAAGAAAUUUUCCUUGCAAGGAAAGAAGAAAUAUUUCUUUUAGGUCGCCUUCUCGCGUGCACGCAGCGACACUGAACACUUGAGCGAAGCUGACGUUAACCCGUUAGCAGCGAGACACGGGAGCUGCCACGAAUAGAUCCGGUAUCCACGACCCCGGUCGGCCGACCAGGAUAGGACCUCGUGUUCCUCCGGCAGUGGAGUCGGAUCUUUUUCUCCUCUUCUUUCACUCCCGGGGGUUGGUUCUAAAUCUUCUGUCUUGUGGCUGUAAAUUACAUGAAGUGGAUUUUUGUGCUUGCAACAAACUGAAGACGGGACUAAACGUAGCUGGUUCGGAGAAGGAGAGAAAUGCCAACGGCGGUGACAAAGAGGAGAUUCAGUGUUAGUCUUUGAUCCUGUCAGAGUGGGACGCAUCUAGCAGGGGACUGAGGAGGGAGCAGUGCCAACUUGGAACAUGGUGCCUAAUAUUCACCUGGCAGUGCCCCUCCUGCCCAGAGGGGCGUUGCUGUUCCUGCUUCUACUCAGCUGCAUGGUGUUCUCCUCUGUGGCAGACAGCUUGCCAAGUUUCGUCAAAUCCCCAGAGGACCAGACGGGUAUCUCGGGCGGAGUUGCAUCAUUUGUGUGCCAGGCCACCGGGGAGCCCAAACCCAGAAUCACCUGGAUGAAGAAAGGCAAGAAAGUCAGCUCCCAGCGCUUUGAGGUGAUUGAGUUUGAUGAUGGUUCGGGCUCCGUACUGCGGAUCCAGCCACUGCGCACACACAGAGAUGAAGCCAUUUACGAGUGCACAGCCACCAACAGUGCUGGCGAGAUCAACACCAGUGCCAAGCUUACAGUGCUUGAAGAGAACCAGAUCCCCCAUGGCUUCCCCACCAUCGAUAUGGGUCCCCAACUGAAGGUGGUUGAAAGGACCAGAACUGCCACCAUGCUGUGCGCUGCCAGCGGAAACCCAGACCCAGAGAUCUCGUGGUUCAAGGACAUGCUUCCUGUGGACAUCAGCAGCAGCAACGGGCGCAUCAAACAGCUUCGCUCAGGAGCUCUACAAAUUGAGAACAGCGAGGAGUCCGACCAGGGGAAAUAUGAAUGUGUUGCCAUGAACAGUGCUGGGACCCGUUACUCUGCUCCUGCCAAUCUCUACGUACGAGUGCGAAGAGUCCCACCCAGAUUCUCCAUUCCACCCACCCAUCAAGAGGUGAUGCCAGGCGGCAGCAUCAACCUGACAUGCGUGGCGGUUGGUUCUCCGAUGCCCUACGUCAAGUGGACGAUGGGCCUGUUGGAGCUGACCAAGGAGGAAGAGAUGCCACUGGGACGCAACGUGCUGGAGGUCACCAACAUCCGUGAGUCAGCCAACUACACCUGCGUGGCCAUCUCUUCUCUGGGCAUGAUCGAAGCCACAGCUCAGGUUACUGUCAAAGCCUUGCCAAAGCCCCCGACCUCCCUCAUUGUGACAGAGACCACAGCCACCAGUGUGACUCUCACCUGGGACUCUGGGAAUCCAGAACCCGUGUCCUACUAUAUGAUUCAAUAUAAAGCCAAGUCCUCAGACAACGGCUUCCAGGAAGUGGAAGGUGUGGCAACCACCCGUUACAGCAUCGGUGGACUUAGCCCCUACUCUGAGUAUGAGUUUCGUGUCAUGGCUGUCAACAAUAUCGGCCGCGGGCCGCCCAGCGAGGCUGUGGAGACGCGCACUGGUGAACAGGCCCCCUCCUCACCACCUCUGCACGUCCAGGCGCGCAUGCUGAGUGCCAGCACAAUGUUGGUCCAGUGGGAACCGCCCGAGGAACCCAAUGGGCAAAUCAGGGGCUACCGGGUAUACUACAGCUCUGACCUGACGGCUCCACUCAGCGCCUGGCAGAAACACAACACAGAUGACAGCAGUCUGACUACCAUCUCAGGCCUGACUCCUGACAUCACGUACAGCCUCAGGGUGCUGGGCUUCACCUCUGUAGGUGACGGGCCACCUUCUGACAUCCUGCAAGUGAAAACCCAGCAGGGAGUCCCUGCCCAGCCGUCUAGCUUUGAGGCAGAAGCCGAGCUGGACACCCGCAUCAUGCUAACAUGGCUGUGGCCCGUGCAGGGCCCCAUCACAAAAUAUGAGCUGCAAUACUGGGAGGAUGGCUCAGACAACAAGAUACACAAGAGCUUCAACCCAGCAGGCUCCUAUGCUGUGGACGGUUUAAAGCCUGACACCUUGUACCGUUUCUCACUGGCAGCCCGUUCUGAGAUGGGUUUAGGCGUUUAUACACAGCCCAUCGAGGCCCGUACCGCCCAGUCCACCCCGUCUGCUCCCCCUCAAGAGGUACAUCUGGUCAGCCUGAGCUCCACCAGCCUCAAGGUGAGUUGGGUGGCACCGCCUGCCGCUAGCCGCCAUGGCGCCAUUGUGCGCUACACAGUCAGCUACCAGGCCCUGGCUGGAGAGGACACAGAGCAGCAUGAGGUGACGGGCAUCGGCGCAGACGCCACCAGCUACGUGCUGGAGGGCCUGGAGAAGUGGACUGAGUAUCAGGUGUGGGUGAGGGCACACACUGACGUGGGCCCGGGCCCUGAGAGUGCCCCAGUGAGGAUGAAAACCAGAGAGGAUGUGCCAGGAGCACCCCCAAGGAAGCUGGAGGUUGAGGCCAUAAACUCCACAGCCAUCCGGGUCACCUGGAAGCCCCCCCUGCCGGGGAAGCAGCACGGCCAAAUCCGAGGAUACCAAGUCAUCUUCUCUCGGCUUGACAAUGGCGAACCUCGAGGCCAGCCUAACAUCAUGGACGUUGCUUUGCCAGAGGCCCAGUGGAAUAUUGAGGAGUCCACCGAGCAUGAGGCCAUCAUUGGUGGACUGCAGUCUGAGACCACAUACUCUGUCACUGUAGCAGCAUACACCACCAAGGGAGAUGGAGCUCGUAGCAAAGCUAAAGUCAUCACCACGACUGGAGCAGUGCCAGGCAAGCCCACUAUGAUGAUCAGCACCACCAUGGGCAACACAGCACUGAUCCAGUGGCAGCCCCCUAAGGAGAUGGUGGGUGAGCUAAUGGGCUACCAGCUGCAGUACAAGCGCACUGAUGAGGAAACGUACACCUCACGCGAGCUGAGGAAGAUUGAUGACCACUACACUGUCACUGGACUGCACAAAGGCGCCACCUAUGUCUUCCGCCUCAGCGCUCGUAAUCGUGCAGGCAUCGGCGAGGCCUACCAAAAGGAGAUCAGCACCACAGAAGAUGUGCCCUCAGGCUUCCCAUUCAACCUGCAAGUAACAGGACUGACCCAGUCCAGCACCCAGCUGACCUGGGAGCCCCCGCUGCUAGCAGAGAGGAACGGCAAAAUCAUAUACUACAUGGUGGUGUACAGGGACAUCAACAGUCAGCAGAACAGCACCAACCGCACCGCUGACACGCACAUGACUAUCCACGGCCUUAAUCCUGACACUACCUACGACAUCCGGGUGCAAGCAUACACCAGCAAGGGCGGGGGACCGCUCAGCCCCAGCAUUCAGAGCAGGACCAUGUCAAAUGAUUUUCCCACCCUAAACUUUGGCGUCAAAGCUGUCAUGAAAACAUCUGUCCUCCUCACCUGGGAUUUGCCACCAAACUACAAAUCCCAAGUGCCUUUUAAGAUCUUGUACAACCAGCAAAGCGUGGAAGUGCUGGGAAACCUGAAGAGGAAGCUGAUCACGCAGCUGCAGCCAGACACAGACUACUCUUUUGUGCUGACAAGCAGGGGCAACAUUGCUGGGGGUCUGCAGCAGCAGGUGUCCAUCCGCACUGCCCCUGACCUGAUCAAGACUAAGCCCAGCACACAUCAGCCUCAGGGAGGCAAGAUGACCAUCAACCUGCCUAAGGUCCAGACCACUACACGUGUCAGGUGGUACUACAUUGUGGUGGUGCCGGUAUCCCAGUCGCCGCGGCAGUGGAAGAAUCCAGACGAGAUGGACCUGGAUGAGCUGCUCAAGUCAAGUGAAGGCCCUGUCCUGAGGCGCAGACGUCACCUGGACUCCUCCAAGCCUUACAUUGCUGCUAAGUUGGCUUCACUACCGACCACCUUUAUUCUGGGUGAUGAGAAGAGGUACAACGGUUUCUACAACAAGCCCCUGACCAGUCCACAAGAGUACCUCUGCUUUGUCCUGGCUGUACUCCGAUCUGAAGGGACAACAGACAGCACUACUAAUUAUAUGACAUUUUCAGCCAGUCCCUACUCAGACCCAGUCCAGGUCACAGCAAGUAUGGCUCAGGGGAUGGAGCAACCCGAAAUGCUGUGGGUCAUGGGCCCAGUAUUGGCCGUGGUCCUCAUCAUCAUCAUCGUCAUCGCCAUCCUGCUCUUUAAGAACAAACAGGAAAGGAAACGGGCGUCACCCCUACCCAAAGAUGAGCACUCAGGUGGGGUGAAAGACUCUCUGCUGGCCAACUCCUCUGACCCUGUGGAGAUGAGAAGACUCAACUACCAGACCCCAGGUCCCAGCACUCAUCGCUGCCCCAACACUCCAAGGAUGAGGGAGCACCCGCCCAUUCCUGUCGUCGACCUGGCUGACCACAUUGAGCGACUGAAGGCCAACGACGGCCUCCGCUUUUCCCAGGAGUAUGAGUCCAUUGAUCCAGGCCAGCAGUUUACCUGGGAGAACUCCAACAUGGAAGUCAACAAGCCAAAGAAUCGCUAUGCAAACGUCAUCGCCUAUGACCACUCAAGAGUGGUGCUCACCUCUGUUGAUGCUGUUCCAGGCAGCGACUACAUCAACGCCAACUACAUUGAUGGCUACAGGAAGCAGAAUGCCUACAUCGCCACACAGGGGCCUCUGCCAGAGACACUAAGCGACUUCUGGAGGAUGGUGUGGGAGCAAAGAUCCAACACCAUCGUCAUGAUGACUAGACUGGAGGAGAAGUCACGGGUGAAGUGUGACCAGUACUGGCCAUCGCGAGGAACAGAGACCUAUGGGAUGAUCCAGGUCACCAUGCUUGACACCGUGGAGUUGGCCACUUACAGCGUCCGUACCUUCGCCCUCUACAAGAAUGGCUCUAGUGAGAAGAGAGAGGUGAGACAGUUCCAGUUCAUGGCCUGGCCAGAUCAUGGGGUGCCAGAGUACCCCACCCCCAUCCUGGCCUUCCUACGGCGGGUAAAGUCCUGCAAUCCUCCAGAUGCAGGGCCCAUGGUGGUCCACUGCAGUGCGGGCGUGGGUAGGACUGGCUGCUUCAUCGUGAUCGAUGCCAUGCUUGAGCGUAUGAAGCAUGAGAAGUCCGUAGACAUCUACGGCCACGUGACGUGCAUGCGUGCCCAGAGGAACUACAUGGUCCAGACCGAAGAUCAGUACAUUUUCAUCCACGAAGCCCUGCUGGAGGCUGCCACCUGUGGCAACACUGAGGUGCUGGCCCGCAACCUGUACGCCCACAUCCAGAAACUCACCCAGCCCCCGCCCGGCGAGACAGUUACUGCCAUGGAGCUGGAGUUCAAGAGACUGGCCAACUCCAAAGCCCACACGUCACGCUUCAUCAGCGCCAACUUACCCUGCAACAAGUUCAAGAACCGCCUGGUCAACAUCAUGCCUUUUGAGUCCACUCGUGUCUGCCUGCAGCCCAUCCGUGGUGUCGAGGGCUCAGACUACAUCAACGCCAGCUGCAUCGACGGCUACAGACAGCAGAAGGCCUACUUGGCCACACAGGGCCCACUGGCCGAGACCACCGAGGAUUUCUGGAGGAUGCUGUGGGAGCACAAUUCAACCAUCGUCGUCAUGCUCACCAAGCUACGAGAGAUGGGACGGGAGAAGUGUCAUCAGUACUGGCCAGCGGAGCGCUCAGCCAGGUACCAAUACUUUGUGGUGGAUCCGAUGGCUGAGUACAACAUGCCCCAGUACAUCCUCCGAGAGUUUAAAGUCACAGAUGCCAGGGAUGGCCAGUCCAGAACAAUCCGCCAGUUCCAGUUCACUGACUGGCCCGAGCAAGGAGUGCCAAAAACUGGAGAGGGCUUCAUCGAUUUCAUUGGACAAGUGCACAAAACCAAGGAACAGUUUGGACAGGACGGACCAAUCACUGUACACUGCAGUGCCGGGGUGGGCAGGACCGGAGUCUUCAUCACCCUCAGCAUCGUGCUGGAGAGGAUGAGGUACGAGGGCGUGGUCGACCUCUUCCAGACAGUGAAGACACUUCGCACCCAGCGGCCUGCGAUGGUGCAGACCGAGGACCAGUACCAGUUGUGCUACAGGGCAGCAUUGGAGUACUUGGGGAGCUUUGACCACUAUGCAACGUAACCACUCUCUCCGAGCAGCCUCCCUGGUCAAACCUCUCAGGAGUGUGCCAAGUGUCCCAUCUCAGCCACCAUCCACUCACUUGACCCCCCUAAAAAACCAACCCCCUCGCAGCUACCGGAGGGGAGGAGAAUGGGACGUGCUUGCAGACCCAGCGACGAGUUCAACCAAUCACAGAGAUCCACGCCGACUCAACCAACCACAUGAAAUUUUGCUUUAAAAAUAAUAACGGAAACAUUACAAUGACUAUGACAAAUCUUGUACAGAUGCGACAGGGCAGACCGGCAGCCAGCCUCUCUGCUCUGUCCAAGCCAAACCUCCCUGAUUGUCAAAGGCUACUGGUAGCACUAAGAGAGCAUUCGCUCCGUUCUUUGUUAGUUUUGUUGUCAAUAUUACGAUUCAUUAUGUCAAAUGUUAUUAUUUAGUAUACCUUUUUUUUCACGUUUUUAAUUAUCAUUUUAACAUCAGACAUUUCCUCUGUCUUAAACUGCCCUGCCUCGGGCGUGCAUUAUUUUCAUAAUCGGUACUUUUUUUAUUUUUAUCUUAGGGUACUUUAGCACAAGGGACAUGUAUUUUUAACACGUUCCUAGAUACUAAUACAGGAGGACCACUGUUCUCUGAGCUGCUGUCAGAUUUCUUUUAUCAUACGACAUUAUUGUGUUAUUCAUAUUAUGUAUCAUUACAUUGUUUUUGGUCUUAUACAAUUCAAUACAUCAGAAAAAAAUUGCCUUUUCACUUGCUGUUUCCGAUAAAAAAAAAAAAAAAUCUACUUUGAGAAAAUUGAUUUCAGAG